CUCUCCUCCAAUUUGAUUCUCUUUUUUCUUUCUUCUGAUUUUUGAUUAUUCAGAUUUAUCUGAUUAUGAAUUUUUUUCAGAGAAAUUGUUACUAGAAUUAAGAUUGGAUCAAUUUUUGUUACUUUAAACUCAGAUUAAUCUGAUUUGGAUUCUUAAUCUGAUCGAGUUUUCUGUGACUUUGAUUAGUUUUUGGAGUUAUUUUUUCCUUCUCUUCAUUGAAGAGUAUUUUUGGUGCUUCUUGUUGGUCAAUCCGUGAGCAAAAGGAAGAAUGAUGUUUGAUCUUAACGUUAGAAUCACUGAAGAAGUGAUGGACUGUGAUUCUGAACAAGUCUUCAAGGUGAAACAGCAAGGAGGUUGUUCUGGGAAAGUUCAACAGGUUGUGAUAGAUGAUUCAUCAGGAACAUCGAAUUCAUCAUCAGUAGUGAAUGCCGAAACAGCAUAUUCAAGUAAUGGUGCAGAAGAAGAUUCGUGUUCAACUCAUAAUAAUCAUGACCAUCUAAGUGGUAGAAAUGGUAACGGAAAUGAGAUUUUGGCGUUGGACUUUGGUAUACUGAAGAAGGAUGUUGAUGUUAUUGUUAAUAGAGUUGAAACCGGAGAUUCUCGUGACGAUGAUUUGGCGGGAAAUCUCAGCUUAUUACAAUCAAGUUUCGUAACUAAGAAGCUAUUUCCUGUUAGUCAUGGUGAUUCUAAUGGUUUUAAUUUGUUUUUACCAAAUUCUGAGUCUUCGAUUCAAUCGCAUUGGAUGGAUCUUUCUUCUCACCACCGUGGAACUGUUGUUGGUGCUGCUAGUGGUGGAAAUCAUCAUAAACAAGAGGUAGUGAUGAAAGUAAUUCAUCCACCACCACCACAACAACAACAGCAACAACCUCAAGUGAAGAAGAGUCGAAGAGGACCUAGGUCUAGAAGUUCUCAGUACAGAGGAGUUACAUUCUAUCGAAGAACUGGCAGAUGGGAAUCUCAUAUCUGGGAUUGUGGGAAACAAGUUUACUUAGGUGGAUUUGAUACAGCUCAUGCUGCAGCAAGAGCGUAUGAUCGAGCAGCAAUUAAGUUUAGAGGCGUUGAAGCUGAUAUUAACUUUAAUCUUAGUGAUUAUGAUGAGGAUAUGAAGCAGAUGAAUAACUUAACCAAGGAGGAAUUUGUUCACAUCCUUCGUCGCCAUAGCACGGGAUUCUCAAGGGGCACGUCGAAAUAUAGAGGAGUGACGCUUCACAAAUGCGGUAGAUGGGAAGCUCGUAUGGGACAAUUUCUCGGCAAGAAGUAUAUAUAUCUUGGGCUAUUCGACAACGAAAUAGAAGCUGCAAGGGCUUAUGACAAAGCAGCUAUCAAAUGUAAUGGAAGAGAAGCAGUCACCAAUUUUGAGCCAAGUACAUAUGCAGGGGAGAUAAAUCCCAAGAUCGACGAAGGAGGCACCAAUUACAACCUUGACCUAAACUUAGGGAUGUCUACGCCUUCUUCUGCUGAUGGACGACGAUGUGGAAGCAAUAUGAUCGGUUACUUCCCUUUCAGCACACAUGAUGCUAAGAGAGCAAGGAUGGAGAACCCUGUUGCAGCAGCUCUGUGUGUUCAAACACCAAAUGGUCAAGUUAUGUCAUCCGAGCACCCUGCAUUCUGGACUGGCAUACCUCCCAGUUUCUUUGUUAAUUAUGAGGGGGGAACAAUCGGUAGAAGGGUGGAUGUAGAUUUGCCUCGUCUGGCUAGUCAGUCCAUGCAACUUCAUGGAUCAUUUGUACCCACUGCCACAAUGCCUUUAUUCGCUGCUGCAGCAUCAUCAGGAUUCUCUUCUUCAGCUACAAUUCCUCCGAAUACCAACAGGAUCUGAAUUCUGAAGAGCUACUAAAAUCUAUCUGAUUUUAUAUUCUAUACAUCUGGGUAACUCGGCUAAAACAAUCAGACAUCCCAGGGCAUCCCUUUCUUACUCUACAUAUCUCUUAGACCCUCUAAACCAUAUUAUGUUGCAUUUAAAGUAAGUGGUUAUAAACAAUUAAUAAGUAUAUAACCGCGAAAAAUCUUUAAAAGUUGGAUUGCAGUUAACCAGCUUAGUUCCGAGGGAGAGAAUGCUGUUGUGUGCGUGCUUGUCUAUUCCAGGUGGUUGUUAUCACUUAUCAGAAACAAUAGUAUAUAUAUAUAUAUAUAGUAACAGAAUAUACCAAGCCUGAUAUAUAGUAUAUACCAAGCCUGAUAUAUCCGUCUCAAUUGUAACAGAAAACUGUUAAUUACAAGAUCAAAACUUAUGAAUUGUGAAUCUAAUAAUGGGUGUCGUAUGAGUUUGAUUUAUUGAUGGUAUUCAG